AACAAACAACUUUAUAUUAUUUCUCUUGGCCCCUUCCUUCCAGAUCAAAUCGCCUUCUGCAAUCUAGGGUUCCGUAAAUCUCCUUACAUCAUCUUCCUAUCACAUUUCCGCUCAACUCUCCUUCACGAUCUGCUUCCACACCUAGUCAUGACCGUUGCUGAUUCAGCUUCCUUCAUGGAUAACGGAUCACUUUGGUUGCCCUGCACGCCACACGAAGAGGCGAAGAUUGUCAAGGAGUUAACUGGGAAGGCCGAAUCUUGUUCCAAAGAAGGCGAUUUGUAUUAUGUUUUAUCCAACAGGUGGUUUUCACGAUGGCAGAGAUAUGUCGGUGAGGAAACUGGUGAAUACAUGUUCGAAGAGCUUUCUACUGAUAAAGAAGCUUCAUCGUUGACAAAAGCAGGCGAGAGACCUGGGCCAAUUGAUAACACAGAUAUAAUUACAAAUGAAGGUGGUCGUGAUGUGAGUGACCUACAGCUUCCUAGAACACUAAUCGAAAGAAGUGAUUAUGAUUUAGUUCCUCAAGUAGUUUGGGUCUUUGGGAGAAGCUUCAUGGAUGUUGUAGUUUUGGCACCCACAAGUGCAAAGGAUCUUAUUAGGAAGAUGUUAUGCUCUCGACCUAAAGACCGCCUAACUGCUUAUGAAGUUCUAUGUCAUCCUUGGAUUUGUGAAAACGGUGUUGCUCCUGAUAGAGCACUGGAUCCAGCUGUUCUUUCUCGUUUGAAGCAGUUCUCUGCAAUGAACAAGUUAAAGAAAAUGGCUUUGCGGGUGUACGUUCAUAUUCUUGUUAAAAUUUGCAAAUAAGAUUCGAUUUUUACAUAAGAAAAGGUUAUAGCCGAAAGCCUGUCUGAAGAGGAGAUUGCUGGUUUGAGAGAGACGUUCAAAGGAAAAAGAUAAGGUGGAUAAAGAUACUAUACUUGAUAGGAUGUCACAAAUUGAAGAUAUGUUAACAAGUACAAUUCGAAGAUAGGCUACAAACACUUGGUUUUAAAUGUUUCAAUGUUUAUCAUAUUAGGAUAAUUUUAGUUAUAUGACGUUUUAGCUGGUAUUUCUAUUAGAAUGUUUUAUAUGCUUUUAAUACAGAGAUGUUUUAUAUAAUUUUGGGUUUUCGUGAUCU